CUCCUGAUCGUAAAAGAAUUCCUUUUCCUGUGCGUAAAAAAAAAACCCCUUUGUUCAUCCUAAAUUUAAGUCGGCUCUCUCUUCCCUAUAAAUAAGCAGCUCCAGCCUCCAGGCGUACAGAUUCUCAGAUCUUCAUCAACCAAUCAGUAGCUCUCGCUUUCUACAGAAGAUAUACCUCGGAGAAGUCAAUCCAAUUGCGGUAACAAUGUCGGCGGCAGCGGCGGCGGAGAAGAAGUUGAUCACUCUGAAGAGCGGCGACGGCGAGUCCUUCGAGGUGGAGGAAGCGGUGGCGAUGCAGUCGCAGACGAUCAAGCACAUGAUCGAGGACGGAUGCGCGGGCGACGGCAUCCCGAUCCCCAACGUCACCGGCGGGAUUCUGGCGAAAGUGAUCGAGUUCUGCAACAAGCACCACCAGCAGCCUCCUGGAUCCGACGCCGCCGAAUUGAAGAAAUGGGACGCGGAAUUCGCCAAGGUGGGCCAGGACACCCUGUACGAUCUGCUUCUGGCGGCGAAUUACUUGAACAUCAAGGAUCUGCUGGAGUUGAUCUGCCAAACUGUGGCCGACCUGAUCAAGGGGAAGACGCCGGAGGAGAUACGGAAGUACUUCAAUAUCGAGAACGAUUUCACCAAGGAGGAAGAAGAAGCGAUUCGGAGGGAGAACCAGUGGGCGUUUGAGUGAAAUUCGGUCCGAUGAAAGAAAUCUGCUUUGUGUUUGAAUUUUGAUGUUACUAUAAGGGUUUAUGUAUGGAGUUCAGUGGAAGAGACGAGGUUAUUUAUUUGUGUUUCAAUGUGAAUGUUUUUUUCUUUUUUUAUAAAUAAU